AUGACGCACCCAAAGUUCGUCGAUGAUCCCGAGAAGGGCACAGUGGACAUUGUCCUCCCCACCGAGCCCAAGCCCACCCAUGUCGCCAUUAACGCCCGCCUCACCGUCGUGAACGACAUCAAUGAGAAGACUGUCACCGAGGUCAGCUUGCUCCCGCCUGUGCCACCACAGAAGAUAGAGAGAAAACCGCCACAGAAGAAGCGAGCACCGUUCAAAGUACGAGCAGCGCUUUGGUUCAACACUUAUCGUAAAUUCUUUGCCUUCGUCACGUCACUAAACCUUGUUGGUCUCGUCCUCGCCUCCACCGGCGUCUGGCAAUAUCCACGACGUUAUACUGGUGCCUUCGUGCUCGGUAACCUCCUCUUCGCCAUCCUCAUGUACGACCGCACGCCACUAUGGUUCCGGCUAGGGUGCACAUCCGCCCUGCAACAUUUAGGUGGCAUCCACUCAGGCUGCGCCACUUCUGGUUUCGCAUGGCUCAUCUUCCGCGUCGUCCUGAUCUUCAUCGACCACAAGGACGUCCACAACUCCAUCCUCAUCACUGGAGUUAUCACCAACUUGGCUGUCUCCAUCAGUAUCGCGAGUGCCUUCCCGUGGGUCAGGAAUACGCAUCAUAACGUCUUCGAGCGCCACCAUCGAUUCAUCGGUUGGGUCGGUCUUCUUUCUACUUGGAUAUUCGUUGUAUUGGGCGACUCAUACGACCUUGACACGCACACGUGGAACCCGAGCGGCCGUGUUCUCCGACAGCAAGACUUCUGGUUCGCCUUCGGUAUGACAGUCUUUAUCAUGAUCCCUUGGUUUACUGUACGCGAGGUUGCUGUCGAUAUCGAAGUCCCGUCACCAAAGGUCGCUAUCCUUCGCUUCGAGCGCGGUAUGCAACAAGGCCUUCUUGCCCGUAUAUCGCGUUCGUCCAUCAUGGAGUACCAUGCUUUUGGCAUCAUAUCCGAAGGUCGUCACGCAAAGUACCACUACCUAAUCUGUGGUGUUCAAGGGGACUUCACCCGCAGCCUCGUCACCAACCCCCCAACACACGUCUGGACCCGUCAACUCAAAUUCCCCGGCGUCUCAAAUACCUCAAAGCUCUACAAACGCGGGAUCAGAGUAUGCACCGGUACCGGUCUCGGCGCCGCCCUCUCAACAUGUCUGCAGAGCAAAGACUGGUAUCUCAUCUGGAUCGGCUCAGAACAAGAAAAGACGUUCGGGCCUACGAUCUCUGGGCUGAUCAAGAAGGGUAUCGAGCCAGAACGGAUGACUCUCUGGGACUCGAAACAGAGGGGCGGGAGACCAGAUGUGAUGAAGCUUGUGAAGGACGCGUAUAAGAGUUUCAAUGCCGAGGUCGUUUUCAUCACGUCGAACUACCAGGGCAAUGCAGACCUUAUGGAGGGAUGUAAGCAGGCGGGCAUACCAGCUUUCGGUACACUAUGGGACUUCUAG